GUAGCCCUUCUCUGUCUUCAAGUCAGACAGAGCUUACGAGAACAACUGCGGUGAUGUCGGAAGAGGAGAUUAACUAUGCUUCAGUUGUAUUCAAACCCAAAAAUAAACCCCCACCUGAAGCUAAAGAUGAGGAGGAAACUGUGUACGAUGAAGUGAAGGUGCACAGCCAAACCUCCGAGCAAACUGCAGACACAAAUGGACUCAUGCCAGACAAGAAAGGAAAAAACAGUCGUAGCCCCUGUCAGCUGGUGGCUUGUUGUUUGAGCAUUCUCUGUGUCAUUUUGAUAAUAGGCAUCAUAGUAGUCUGCAUUUACUUUGUUUCACCCAGUCAGGACAGACAGCUGGACCAGUUAAAACACAACCAAACAACUCUACUAGCUGAAAAUGACAACCUGACAAAACGCAAUACUGAACUAAUUUCCGACAAUGAAAACUUGAGGCGAAACAACGACAAUCUCACAGUCCAGUUAAGCAACCUAAAAAUAAUGUAUAAUGUCUCGGAAAGCAAGCUCAAAAACCUGACUGAAGAAAACCAGAACCUGAAAACACGAAACCAGGAGCUGGAGACACGAAACCAGGAGCUGGAGACACAGAGGAACAACUUAACACAACAAAUAGAGAAGAAGGAGACAGAGUGGAAUGAGCUCAACGUCACUCGAGCUCAGUGGACCAUUGAUGCCUACUGCAGCAUAGAAGAAAACCAAAGACAUUGUAACGCUUGUCAGGAUGGAUGGCUAAACAACACGUCCAGCUGCUAUGCCAUUAAUAACCCUGGUCUUAAUGAACAGAAAAACUGGAGAGAAGCUCGAGAAAACUGCAGAGGAAAGGGUUCAGAUUUGGUUGUUAUAGUUGAUGAAAAAGAAAAGAAAUACGUCAGUGAUCACAGCUGGGAAAGUUCUGGAACCAGUGGAUACUGGAUUGGCCUGAGAGUUGAAGAUGGGAGAUGGAAGUGGGUCGAUGGAAGUGAUCUAACUGAAGAAUCCUGGAAAAAACCUCCUGAGAAAGAUCACUGUGCAAUUUCUGUCAAAGACAGAGGAUGGAAAUCAGUGAACUGUAGUGAGAGAAACCGAUGGAUCUGUGAAAAGGCAGCUUUAUCUGUUUAAACACUGCAGUUAAACUUGAGAAGGUCACUGUCUGUAAAGAUUAAUCACAUGU